UUUCGAUAACUGGGUGUUUGCCAUCUCUAAAAAAAUGAUUCUAAAAAAACUUUUGUGAAAUAUUUUUUUUUCUUCGAAGAAAAAUACCAAAUUUGCACCUGUACAAAUAGUAAAUGGCAACUUAAUAAUAAUAAUGAAUAAAUACAGAAUUUGUGAUUACUAUUUAUUUGCUAUAAUAAUAAAUUUGUGUUGUUUUCUAAGCUAUGGCUACAGACACAUACGACUGGAAGAUAAUUUGUGUGCAGAUCGUUUUCUGGUUAAACUUUUCAAGGAUCCCUCCAUGACAUUAAGAGAAGAUCGUGAUUCAGCUGCUAUUAUAACACAAGUAUGGAACACGACCAUGCCUGGGUCUUACUCUUCCAAUAAGAUACGCUACGAUUGUGAAUUCAAAGUACAUAGUGAUGAGCCAAAUCGGCCACCCCGUGGCAUUUAUACCGUAAUAACACGUUUAAAAUUUCGUCAUGAUCCUGUGAAAAAUAAAUGCCUGGAUUAUAUACAGUUUCGUAACGGUAAUCGUUCACCCAGUGAACCUAUUUGCAAUGACAUUUCCAUAGAUGGUCCAGCGGGACGUUUGAUAUUCGAUCAGCGUAAUCGAGAUGUAAGCGUACUUAUACACAUUGAUAAAAAACGUAUGAUUACGGAGCCACUGGAGUUGCGUAUGGUGUUGACAGCUCAUUCGGAAUGUAAAUAUACGGGAGAUUUUUUGUGUGAACCUACAAAUCCAUAUACAUGUAUAUCACGUUAUUUUGUUCGUGACAACGUUACCAACUGUAUGUAUCCCUGUCGCGAUGAAGUGUCCUGUUUUCAUGAUGCCAUUACUUUGGAAGAGAUUGAUACAACAAAUGUGGCCAUAUCGGCCAUAACAUCGUUGAUAUUCACAAUGUUAGGUGUUGGAUUUUGCAUUUGGAUCUGUUGGAAAUAUUGGAAUUGUAUAACUGUACAACAGCAUGCCCACGAAGCUUCAGCGGUGACAAAUCGUCAACGUCGCCAGCGUUCGCAGCAGCAUAGAAGUAGUGGGCAAAGGGACGUUCCCGUAAUAGAAUUACCUACGGCACCAACAUUCAAUACUGUUACAGCAGCUCCUGUUCUUAGUCUAGAAAUGAAUCAUCAACAAACGGGCGAAGAAACACCUAAAGAUCUACCGCCCAGUUAUGAAUCAUUAUUUCCCGAUAGAUAAAUUUCAGUUACAUUCAAUAGCAACGAAUUUACAUUUACAUGAAAUGUGUUCAAAGUCUAAACACAAAAACAACAACAAAUACUACUACUACUACUUCUACAAACGGAGAGUAAUAAAAAUCACUUACAUCUAUUUAGAAUAAUACAUACAUACAAACCCAACUAGUAAAGAAAUUUCAAAUAACGCACACAUCAUUAUCUUCCGUUAAAAAUGCCAGGUGCAAACAAAAACUAAUUUUAUUAAAAA